AGUCAAAUUUGAACUUCCGGGUGUCAAAGCGUUGCAAAACAGACAACCUGGCAGUGAAAGAGGACAGUCACAGGAGGGAGAAUACAGCAGCUUCGGGAAAAUGAUGUUAUCAGAAGUCCUGAAGGUGCUGCGGGGGGCAGGCAAAGUGGGGUCUGCCCUGGUCACCACCCAGGGAGAGCAGCUCCGAUUAAUGGCCUGUAACUCCUCCAUGGGAGCUGGGGUCCAGGCUGCUCAGGGUGUGGUGGAGGGACUGGUGGGCACCUUCAUGGGCGGCAGCAGUGCGCAACAGACGAUAAAGGAGGAUGUGUUCCCAGAGGUGGAGGAAUGGGAGAAUAUGGACCCUGAUGAAGCAGCUAAAUGGGCCAUGGGGUCAGAGUUCCCUGAUGCUGCGGAGCAAAGCCAGACAGAAGCUGGAGCUGAAGCAGAGAUGCCAACAGGAGUUCCUCCCUCCCCAGGGGUAGGUCCUGCAGGGGCGGGCUGGCCGGGACAGAGCUCUCGCUUCCUCCACACGAUCCCCGGCCUCUACCGCUACUACUACCACCAGACCAGGGCCGUCCAUGACACAGUGGUGGCCAGACUCACACCAGAGGACAUCAAGAAAGCCAGGGAGGCCAAGCAGGCCUUGGUCAAACCCGUCAGACAGAAGCUGAGUGACCGUGCCAAAGAGAGGAAGGUGCCCGCCACAAGAAUCAGCCGGCUGGUUAAUUUUGGAGGACUCGCUGUAGGACUCGGGAUUGGUACCCUUGCGGAAGUGGCAAAACAGUCUAUGGGAGGCAAACAGAAAGGAGAAGGUGCCCUCAUAAACUCUCCGCUCCUGUCAGACGCCAACGCUGAGAGAAUAGUCAACACGUUGUGCAAGGUCCGCGGGGCCGCACUCAAGAUCGGACAGAUGUUCAGCCUUCAAGACAACAACUUCAUCAACCCCCAGCUGCAGAGGAUCUUUGAGAGAGUCCGGCAGAGUGCAGACUUCAUGCCUACCUGGCAGAUGACUAAAGUUCUUGAGGAGGAUCUGGGGCCUGACUGGCGAGAUAAGCUAUCAUCCUUUGAAGACAAACCGUUUGCUGCAGCUUCCAUCGGACAGGUGCAUCAUGCGGUGUUAAAAGAUGGAAGAGAGAUUGCUAUGAAGAUCCAGUACCCUGGAGUGGCAGAGAGCAUCCACAGUGACAUAAACAACCUGCUAUCUGUCCUGAAAAUGAGCGUGGCCCUGCCAGAAGGUCUGUUUGCUGACAGCAGCUUAGAGGUUCUUCAGAGGGAGCUGGCAUGGGAGUGUGACUACAAGAGGGAAGCAGAGUGUGCCAAGCAGUUCAGGUCCAUGCUGGAGGGAAACGAGUAUUUCCAAAUCCCUGAGGUGGUCGAUGAGCUGUCAGGCCGCAGGGUGCUGGCCAUGGAGCUGGUACAAGGAGUCCCACUGGACCGCUGUGUAGACUUGGACCAGGAGACCAGGAACCAGAUCUGUUUCGAGAUCCUCCAGCUGUGUCUCAGGGAGCUGUUUGAGUUCAGGUUCAUGCAGACGGAUCCAAACUGGGCCAACUUCUUCUACAACUCAGACACCAACAAGGUUGUUCUGUUGGACUUUGGAGCGUGCAGAGGCUACCCAGAAUCCUUCACAGAUGACUACAUACAGGUGGUGCACGCAGCCUCCGUGGGUGAUCGAGCCACAGUUCUUUCCAAAUCGAAGGACCUCAAAUUCCUGACAGGCUUCGAGACCAAGGCCUUCCAGGACGCCCACGUGGAGGCGGUGAUGAUCCUCGGUGAAGCCUUUGCGUCCGAGGAGCCCUUUGACUUCGGCACCCAGAGCACCACCCAGCGUAUCCAGAGCUUCAUCCCUAUCAUGCUGCGCCACCGCCUCACUCCGCCGCCUGAAGAGUCAUACUCCCUCCACCGCAAGAUGGCCGGCUCCUUCCUCAUCUGCUCCAAAUUGAAAGCAAAGAUAUCGUGCAAGGACAUGUUCCUGGGUGUCUACAAUACGUACAACCAGAGGAAGCAGGAGCAGCAGGCAGCACAGGCCACUGCUUAGACGCUCAGGGACACUCCCCAAAUACGCCAUGGACUUUUUCAGAGAGGGCUGUUACGUACAGGGACCAGCACUGGAAAUCAACUAUUUGGCUACCUGCCACUGUGGCUGGUGGAUUCCAAAAUCUACCAGCCACUCCAUAGUUUACUGUUGUUUUUGGUUGGUGAGAAAAGCAAAUUUAGCAGCCACUUACAUACUUAACCAGCAUUUGGCUGGAAGCUGAUGCUAAUUUCCAACCCUGAUAGGAACAGAAAGCAUGAAGCAGGGACACUAGAUCAGACAUCCUUAAGACUUUACACCAUGUCAACAUAUAACUGAUUAUGGGAGCAUGCUCUAACGAGGACCGUAAGUGCUUGACUUUCUGUGCUUUUCUCCUCAAGUGCUUCAGCUCUCUGACAUCAGUGUAAGUGUAUAAUGAUUUGGGCGAUCCCGCUCUAACCUGUCACUCUGACUCAUGAAGGCUUGACUAAUACUGUCACGUACAGACAUAAAUACUUCAUAACUAUGACACGGAAUGUGAGUACUUUGGAAGUGAUGGAGAUAUUUGUGCCAUAACAAAUACCGGUAUAUGCUGAAGCCCAAAUGGUUAAAUAACUGAUGUGAUUAAAUCUGUAUAUUAAUUGAAGACAGGAAUAUGUAGUUAAUCUUGUGUGUUUGUGUGUGUUUGAUCACAGUGGCCCGAUGGUUACAUCUCUCUGUCACAGCAAACACACUACAAAAUGCUGGUGUAAAUGCCAGCUAGCUUUAUGUAUAGUGUUUCCCUCCGACUGCUGUUAAUUUGUUUAUUCUGACUCCUGCUCACUUUCACAUCAAGGUUUACUAUAGCUCCAGAAAAAUGUGUAUAUUCUGUCUUAAGGACACAUGAUUAGCCCUAUAUUGUGUAGCUGAUGCUGCUCGGUACUCUCUUUUGUCACAAGAACUGUGUGUGCCACCUGAUAAGGUGCUAAUUAAGUUUCAGAGUCUCAUUGAAUCCCAUUGAGUUAUGGCCUUGCAUUAUAAAGUAUAUUUGACUGAAAGGUCCAGUGUGUAGGAUUUAGGGGCAUUUAUUGUUUCUGUGGUAACCCGGAAUGGAUUAACCAAACUUUGGCUCAUUCGUAUUUUCAUGUUUUCACAUCGACCGCCACAGUUCUCUUAUAGCAUGCAUGUCCAGAGUUCCAAAGUCCAAUCAUGGCCCACAGACCAAAGUUAAAAGGCUUGUUGUUCAAAAUAUACCAUAGGUGACCCACAAUAUUGGUUUUUCAAGCAAGAUCACUUUGCUUUUUUUCCGCUCACCUCAAAGUGGCAGGACGAUCAUACAGAUAGACAUGCACCAAGUAGGAGCUACACAGGCAGAACUGAUAACCCCUUUUACACUGUCUUUUCAAGGCAGAAAUUUCAUAAUGCCUUUAAGUGGCAUUAGAGGUAGUAACAGCGUUGAAACAACUAGUUUAGUUUGGCUGAUUUUGGUCAUUUUCCAACUUAUAAAACUCAAAUAUACUGGUAGAUACACAAUAAAUAAACAUUACAUUAAUGCUUUUUUAGCAUUAAAAGCCUUAGCUUAUUACACCUACCCUUUUAACAUUCAUUGUUUUUGUCAGCUCCCUUUAAACUAUAAAAUGUCUGAAUGAACGGGAAAGACUGCAGGACGGGAGUGGCACAGGCGUGAUGUUUUGAUAACAUGUUAUGCGUGUGACCCACUGUGGGAGAUUUAAAAAGUAGCUGAUAGCAGUUUGCAGCUAACUCAAAGAAGAAUAGCAGCUGAAAAUGUCCAUGAACAAUGAGGUCCGGGAGCUCCUUCCCCUCCGAGCAGAGGUCGAGAUUGGCCGCUAUUUAACAGAGAUGGUAAAUGAUUGUUAAUGCCAGUUAUUGUUUAUAAAGUGCUUCCAACGCAUCUUCAAAAUGUCACACUAGAGGCUGACGCUGUUGUGUGACAUCACGUCUGUCGCACCUCUUUGAUGCUGCUAUUGUUUGGUUCUGGGCAAAAAUGCAAAGGCGGCAUGAAGAAGGGAGUUCGUACCAGCCCUAGAACGCGAUCUCUGUGUUAAAAGAGCUGAUUCAUUUUCAUAAAAAGGGAGCAAACAAUCAAACAAACCGGUAUCUAAGAGCAGAAAUGUCCUGCUAGGCAGCAGGCAUGACCACAGCAAACAAGUGUGACGUUGACAGAGAGGGCCACUCCUUUCAGGAGCGGUGGAAAGUUGAAUUCUUUUUCAGUCAAAGAUGAAACAGUUGCUUUGUAUAAUUUGUGUGGGAUGUUUUUAGUAGUAGCUGUCCCUGAGUAUUUUUACAUUAUCAAAUCUGGCCCCCACUCAAAAAAGUCUGGACCCACCCGACUCAUGCUGUGCAAACUCAAUAAAUUUCAGUCGUGCAACCUCACUACCACAGAUGCCACUAAAUCCUUUGCACUGGACCUUUAAAACUCCAUAAUGUGAAAAGCUGACUUUUUUUUAUGUUUUAUUGCCUCUAUAUGACAGAGCUGUGUAACCUACAGGGCAGUGUGCUGUACAUUUUUUAAGGAAAUAAAGAUUUAUAUGUAUCACAAAUUGAGC